AUGGAGGAAAAUGUUCCAUUCUCAAGUCAUAAGAUUUAUAAGGAUGAUCGCGUGAAGGCUAUUACUGUCAUGUCUACAUUUGAAUCAUUUGAAUUUGUAUUUAUGAUACAUUUGAUGUCCGAAAUAUUUGGGAUUACUGAUAAAUUGUGUCAAGCUCUGCAAAAGGGGGACCAAGAUAUUGUUAAUGCCAUGACAUAUGUUAAAUUGACUAAGGAGGGAUUACAACAAAUGAGGGACCAUGGGUGGGAAGACUUUUUACAUCUUGUGGUUUGUUUUUGUGUUAAACAUGAUGUAGAAGUUCCUACUAUGGAUGAUAUGUAUGUUCCUCGUGGAAGGUCAAGACGCUUCUUUGCCAAAGUUUCAAAUCUUCAUCGAUUUCGGGUAGAAAUAUUUAUAAGUGUCAUUGAUUUACAACUCCAAGAGCUCAAUAGUAGAUUUGAUGAAGAAAAUAUGGAGUUACUUAUUUGUGUGUCAUGCUUAAACCCGAUCAAUUCAUUUGCGGCAUUUGAUAUGCAAAAGUUGUUGAGACUUGCUGAAUUAUAUCCCAAAGAGUUUCCAACUAAUGAUAUGACGAUGACUGCACUUCGUCAUGACCUUCAAUUUUAUAUUAAUGAUGUGCGCCAAGAUGCAAAGUUUGGAGACUUGAAGGGUAUUCAUGAGCUUUCUAUGAUGCUUGUUGAAACAAAUAAGCAUACUACUUACAACUUAGUUUACUUGCUUAUAAGACUAGCAUUGAUCCUUCCGGUUGCAACUGCAAGCGUGGAACGAGUGUUUUCCUCAAUGACAUACGUAAAAAAUAAGUUGCGAAAUAGUAUGGGUGAUCAACUAUUGAAUGAUAAUUUAGUCACUUUUCUUGAAAGAGAUUUAUUUUCAAGAGUUAGUGAUGAUGAUGUAUUGGAACGCUUCCAAAGUAUGAAGACUCGAAGAAUGCUUCUGUAG